AUGGCGACUUUCACGCAAUCUACGUUCAACGCCCUCUCCUACGCAACAUUCCGACCCAGCUACCCUCGCCAGCUCUUCCAGAAAGUCCUAGCCUUCCACAACGCCUCUCCAAAUGCUACGAAAGGCACACUCCUUGACCUAGGCUGCGGGCAUGGCUUGAUCUCCAGGGAACUAUCCCCUUCCUUCACAACGGUCCUCGGCACCGACCCGUCCGCCUCCAUGAUCUCCCAAGCCCAGUCCUCCACCCCGCAGGAAAAGUACACGAACAUAUCUUACCGGCAAGCUUCCGCCGAAGAUCUCUCGUUCGUAGCAGACGGCUCACUGGACAUGGUCGUCGCGGGCCAGGCGGCGCACUGGUUCGACUUUGGCAGAGCCUGGCCGGAACUGAGCCGUACGGUGAGGAAAGGAGGCACGCUGGCGUUUUGGGGGUACAAGGAUAAUUACUUGGUGGAUUUUCCGAAGGCGACGAGAGUGCUGGAUGAGUAUUGUUAUGGGGAGGAUCAUAUGGGCCCGUACUGGGAGCAGCCUGGGCGGAGCAUACUACGUGAUUUGUACCGGGGUAUUGUGCCGCCGGAGUCGGGUUGGGAGGAUGUAGAGAGGAUUGAGUAUGAGCCGAGUAUGGAGGGGAAGGGGAAGGGGAAGGGGAAGGGGGAGGUGUUGAUGCAGAAGAGGUUGACGCUGGGAGAGUUGGAGGGGUAUGUGAGGACGUUUAGUGCGUUUGUCAAUUAUCGGGAGGUGAGGGUGAGGGAGGGGAAAAGGGAGAAGAGGAGGAACACGGUGAUUGGGAGGGGAGGGGAUGUGGUGGAUAGAAUGUUUGAUGAGAUGAGGAGGGUGGAGAGUAGUUGGGAGGAGAUGGGGAAGAGGUGGAGAUAUUUGGAGGUUGAGAACGAGUGGGGGAGUAUUAUUUUGCUGGCCAGGAGGAGGUAG